CCAGCCGUCACCAAGGUGGCAGCGUCCCUAGCAACGGCCCCCGCCACUAACCUUCCUCAGGUCAUAGCAGUUAUCUGCAGCUAAUAUCAUUGUGAUUCAGGUGACAGAGGAGACACAUGUCAAAACGUGAGGAAAAGAAGGAAGCUGGGGAAGAUGUUGAGCUUGAGGGGGCAGAGACCCUUCUGGCUCGCCUCCGUCGGCAGUAUCGCAUGAUGGAGAGGAACCGCCGUCAGUAUCAAGAUGAAGCCACAGUCCUGUUGGGCCGACAGAGGAAAAUCCUGGUGGACCUGCAGAAGGAAAAAUUGGAGCUGGAGAGCCUGCUGUCAGCCAUGGCCACAUCACAAAAUGAGAUUAAAGACCACAAGACUAUCACCACUCUGGCUGCCACCCUAGACCGUCAAGCCAAAUACUUGCAGCUUAUCGACAAGGAAAAGGAUAAGAUCAAGGAACUAGACACAAGCAUCACAGCAGCAGAGAGACGUGUGAGGGAGACCCGGAGACGAGUGCCCUCCGCCAGGCAGCUGGAGUCCCGCAGACUGGCCGCUCUCAGUGCAACCAAGGCACUACAGAACCGCAUUCAGCAGGCAACAGUGAGGCUGAAUGCAGUGCUGGCAGACAACCGUGUACUGAGAACAACUCUGGAGAACAUUCUGAAAGAAAGAGACAAGUUCAUGCUACAGGCCCAGCGAUUGGAGAAGCAGCUUGCGGACACUGUGAAGAGGAAGGGGGAUAUCAUGGACCAGGUCACGAAGGCAUACUCUGAGAGAGAUGAGGCACAGACCAAGAUGAGGGCACUGAAGGAAAGAGGAGAGAGGGAUGCACAACAGUACACCCAUGAGCUGAAGAAACUGCAACGGGCACUAGAUCACCAGAAUCACCUAAGGGCUUUCGUCGCCACCAUUUCUGCUGGAGAAGAUGACGAUGCCUCACAGCGACGAACAGAGGGUGAGAGUGGAGAGCCUCGGGGGCCGGAGCAGACACUAGCUACAUACCGGGCAUCCGUGUCUCACCUACGGGAGAUGAGUGGAGAGGGGUCAGUGGAAACCCUUGUCACCAACUACCUGCAGGCUGAGAAUGACAACUACACCCUUUUCACCUAUAUCUCUGACCUAAACAAUGAGGUAACGAGCCUGACAGCAGAAGUUCGUCGAAUUCGGCAACAGAUCGAAGAGACACGAGGAAAAGGAGCUGAGAAAGAGAGAGACUCACAACGCACUGUCUCUCAGCUGGAGUCGGAAGUAAGGAGUGCUGAGGAGGCUGUGGAUGCACUGGAGAGGGACCUGAGGCAGGCAGAGGACACCCUUACAGAGAUGAAAACUUCCACUCAAGAGCUCUUUGAUCUCCUGCAGUGUGAUGCCCAGCCCAUCAUUGCCAUUGUUGGUGGAGGGGAAAUCACAAGUGCCAGUGUGUCUGUAUACUUGUCGGUAGUGGAACAGCGGGUACAGGAACUUUUGCAGCUGCGUCAGUUCCUGCUGGCCGAGGACCAGCCUCAAGCCAAUGCCCUCGGGGAAGACACUGCCCAUGAUGAAGCUACAGAGGGCAGGUCUUCCUCUGCUUCAUCAGCAAAAGUGGUGGUUCCUCUUGGCAAGCCACAACUGCCACACACCGCCCAUACAAACGACGACGAAUACUCCAAUGGAGGCCCAUUCACUCAUGGCGACCUACUGGCAAACAUGCGCAAGUUCAUCCCAGACGAUGGCGACAACUGAGGAAUCUUGUUUGCUUGGGGGUCAUCACAAGAAUAAUAUUUUGCACAACCUAAUUCAAGGAAAUGUACUAUAAUAUUCAUAAUUACUGUAUGUAGUAUUGCCCUAUACCAGUAUGUAUAUGUGUAUUCAAAAGAACAGGGUAGUACAGUCCAGUAUGGAUACUAACUAUAGAUGCCUUAAUGUAUUAUAGUAAGCAAAUAUAGAUGCAAGACUUGAAUUAUGAUUUACUAGAUCAUUUUUAUGUUGAACAUUUAAUGUAGAACAAGCAACAACGAAGGAUACUUUGUCAAUUAUAUAAUGCAUAACCAGUAGGGAAAAUAUAAAUUAAAAUUUUUAAAAUAAAUUGAAAUGAUUCUUUAAUAGUAUUGCAUAAUUUGGGGAUUCUUUCCAACAGAUUACUGUUAUACUGUGCAGACGAUGAGUCACAAUAACGUGGCUGAAGUAUGUUGACCAGA